AUGAUGGAAAGUUAGGCCCUACUAGCAGAGAUGGCAAAUAGAGCUGCUGAUAUAUAAGACCAAUAGAGAGUAAAAUUGCUCACUCCUCCUUUAAAUUGGAACCAAAAAUUUUUUUCAAAUUUAAAAGGGAAAAUUUUUAUAAAAUUUUUUAUGGAAAAAAAUUAUAUAAAAAUUUCAAAAAUUUAUCGAAUUAGAUUAAUAAAUUUGUUUAAUAAAAUGUUAUUUAUUCUUUAUCCUUUAAAAAAAAGCAAGAUAUAUCUAAAAUUUUCAUUAUUAGCUAAUACACCACUAUUAAUUGGUAUCAAAACUAUUUGCACAAAAAUUCUUAAUAAAAAAACAAUUUUAAAAAUUUAUCGAUUAAAAUGCUAA